CUAAACAAACCUGUUGCCAUUCACUUUUAGCAUGUCUGUGUACAAGACAUUUGCGCAUAAACAGGGUUUAUUAUAACACAAAACGAGUCGGCCAAACUGUUACACGUAUUCUUAGCUUUACUACUAACUCUUUACCUAGCUUAGCUAAGUGUUAGCAUUAGUUCCUUUUAGCCUGGUCGAUAAGAAGGCUACAAAUGAGUGCUUUCCGGUCGAGAGAUUCCACGAAAAACGCCAGGAACAAACCUCCAGUGAGCCACAGCAAAAAGCACAGAGGCUCCAGGACUAGUGUAGUGUUGGCCGAGAGGAACCAGGCGGUCGUGGCGGUUGGAGCCUGGGUAGAAGAUGGAGAGGAUUUCCUGGAGCACCCGUUUAAUCUUGCUUUGCAAACCGAGGAGCUGCAGGCGGAGAAGAGGAGGGAGAAUGAGGAGAGCCUCAGACGUUUUCAAGAAGAAGUACGCCACCGUGUGGCACAGCGGGCUCAAUUCUGCAAGAACAGACAGGUGACACCUGCCAGUAGAACCCCACAUUUUCAGGUCAGAACCCACCGUGAACCUGUUGGUGAGAAGCAACUCCUGAAGUCGAGUGAGGGAACGAGGCAAGUCAGACUCAGACUGGCUGCGUGUCGGCUGAUCCAACAGGAGGACUCGGCGUCAGACCUUCCUGGAGGACGCUGGAAAAUCUCCGCUGCCAGACAUAAACCUGAAUCUCGUGUGCUGAGAGCAGCGGGGGACGCACCGGGAGAGGAAGUAGAGGGAAAAGGAGAUGUUCCUCUUCUCAGUAGUCAACAUGAGUGUCCCCUCGUCCAACAGAAGGUGAGAUGCCAUGCAUCCGGGGAUUAUGAUCAAUCGCGGCCUGAUUCGGAUUUGGCCCGCACCCUCCCAGACCAGCAGGUUCAGAGGCCCGGGGCCGAGCACAGCUUCCUGAAAACACAGCGUCAGUCUCAGUUCCUGAUGCACCGCCGCCAGGCCAUGAGCUUAGAACGAGAGCUAGCCAAGGAGAACAAACUGCACAGGAACCACCUGAAGAGGACGGCCAGGAUCAAAGCAGAGAAAGAGCAGCUUCGAGUAGAGGAAGAGCGAAGGCUGGAGAGAGCUCGGCAGCUGGCCGAGGCCCGGCAGAGGAUGGAGCAGCGAGAGCAGCUGAUCCUGGAGCAACUGAGGCUGGAGGAGGAGGAGGGGAGGGCUCUGCAGCUGCACAGGACGAAGAGAAAAGGAAGAGGAAGAGAGGCUGCAAGGUUCGUGGACGCUCUCAGAGCUCAGCUGAAGGAGCGACUGUCUCAGGCCAAGCUGGAGCCGCCUCCUCUCUGCUGCUGCGCCUCCUCCUUCUGGGACUCCCACCCCGAAACCUGCGCCAACAACUGCGUCUUCCACAACAAUCCCAAAGCGUAUGCCCAGGCACUGCAUUCAACUAUGAGGAGUCUGGACUCACAGUAAAGCAGGCUGACCAUCCCUGAUGCCUGACAGAACUGGCCCCUUUAUGUCCAUUUAAAGGAGCAUUACAACAUUUUUGAAAAUGCACCAAAACUUAUUAAAGCGAGGAUCGCUUGUCGAUGUUGAUAUCAGCUGAUCACCAUUAGAUGGACUUCGGCUUUUGGUGCUGAUUAGCUACAUCUGCACAUCUGCAGUUUGAAUACCACUAUGCCCAAAGUAGUCUUACAAAGAUCUGUGUUUGGCUUCUAAAGGGCUGAAUGUUCUUUUUCUUUUUUUUUGUACUUUUACAAUUGGUUUGAAGCUAUUUAUUGAUUAUUGGAGAAUUUGUGAGUUGGCCUACUUUGUACAUGUGUACAUGUGCUGAUAUUAGAUAACCUAAUCACUAAAACUUCAGAGGGAGCUCGUCCUCGUGUAAAUUUACAUAUGUGCUUUUUGUAGUUUUGCUGUUUGUUUUGUGGAAUUUAUCAGAACUCGCUGAGAGUCAUAUUGACUUUCCCCAAAAGUAAUAAACUAAAAAAUCUGCAAUCUGAUUUGAGUUUGAAGUCUUGUAGUUCUCUGAACACCUGCCUAAAGAGUUAUAUGUUCCUUAUAAUCUGUCAAACACUACCUCCUCUGGCACUACAUAUGUGUAAGCAGUUAUAAUCAGUUGCCAUGUUUUCCUGUUUGCUAAACUAAUGUGA